AUGCACGAUUCAAUUCGGAACCAGUUCGACAGAGACGGUUACGUGGUGCUGGAGGAUUUUCUUCGGCCAGCGGAGUGCGAUGAACUUGCAUCUGCAGGUAUCGAGUUGACAAAACAAAUCCAGGAUAGCUCUCAGCGAUCAGUUUUCUCGGCUAGUUCCGAAAAUCCGGCUGUGAAGGAUAAAUAUUUUAUCGAAAGCAACGAUAAGAUUAGAUAUUUCUUCGAAGAGAAUGCCCUAACCGAGACCGGAGAACUGAAAGUAGACCCUUCAAUUUCUCUCAACAAGGUUGGUCACGCUUUGCAUCUCCUUCAUCCGAUCUUCAGAUGUUACACGUACAGCGACCGUGUCAAGGCUGUGUGCCAACAACUCGGCUUCAAGGAACCAGCUGUUGUACAGAGCAUGUAUAUUUACAAAAAUCCCGGAAUCGGUGGCGAAGUAAAACCACACCAAGACAUAACGUACUUGCAUACAGAGCCAAUACCACCUGUCGGUUUCUGGAUAGCUCUGCAAGAUGCGACCUUACAAAAUGGCUGCCUCUGGAUGUCGCCUGGUUCUCACAAAUCGGGCGUUCAUAGGCGGAUGCAGAAGAACGAAGAGGGUAUUCUUGAUUAUGAUCGGCCUGCGCCUAUCUACCCACAAUCUAGCUUUACAGCGGUACCCGUUAGCAAAGGUACCUGUAUCCUUAUACACGGAAACGUCGUUCACAAAAGUGCACAUAACAGCUCAGAUAAGAGUAGACACGCCUACACUUUUCACAUAAUUGAGAAAAAAGACAACAAAUUCUCCACCGAUAAUUGGCUAGCAGAAGGCAAGGGUGCGCCCUUCGUUAAUCUUUACACGACAUCUCAAAUGAUAGACCAAGAGUAG